CCUCCCCCUCCUGGUAGGUGGGGUCUCUGUUCUGCAUCAUCAUGCCCUCAGCUCUGCUGCUCCUCUAAAAGAAGGGAAGAAAAUCUAGCUGGUGUCUGUUGCAGCUGCUUUUCUUUCAUACUCUGCAGACUUACUUGUGGUUCCUAAUCUUGGAGUCAAGUGCUCUGUUGGAAAAAUAAGAUCUUGUAUCUACCAAUCAGAAAGCAACACCGGUCUCAGCCUUGAUGGAGGAAAAGCUGAGUGGUGACGUGACAAAACAAAGGAAAAUGUCCAGAUGACAGCAGGUGAUACAUUCCCACUAUGCUGACAUAGCUGGUCAACGGACAGCUCAAGAACACGCCCUUCCUCCUUGCUGCUGAACACCCAUAGUGCAGAGAUGAUUGUUAGGAGGAAGGCUUGUGUUGCCUUGGUGAUCACUGCCAUCCUCUUCCUCAUGAUUGCCAGCCAGAGCAUUCAGAGGAGGUAUUUCCUGUUUCAGCCUGCAGCUCCGCCCAGAGGCCAAAGUGCACCCAGUGGCAGGAUGACAGCAGCUGAUUUCACAGGCCCAAUUUCAGGUCAGGCACCUCCUUACCUGAAACCUGAACAGAUUCCCCUUGGUCCCACUGAGGAAGAGAUGGUUGAGGAAGAGAUGGUUGAGGAAGAAAAUGACGAGGAAGAAAAUGACGAGGAGGAGGACGAGAUGGUGAUUCAGGAGCAGCAUAUGAAAAACACAAAGCUGUGUGGCUGCUCCGAUGCCUGUAUUUCCGACAACAAUGGGUCUGAAUGGUUCAGCCAGCGCUACGACGCUAAACAGCAGCCCAUCCUCAAAGACACCGGCAAUAAUUUGGACUCUGAUGCACUUCAGUGGUGGCUGAGUCUUCAACGGGCCGGUAAUGACCAGUCCUUAGAGGAAGUGAUCUCAAAGAUGUUCCAGGUCAUAUCCCCACCCUCUAUAGAUUUGGAGCCCGUGCCCUCACGUUGCCGUAGUUGUGCAGUGGUUGGGAACUCUGGCAACUUGCGGCAUUCUGGACACGGCGCACUCAUUGAUUCUCAUGGCUUCGUGUUCCGGAUGAACAGGGCGGUGACUAAAGGGUUUGAGGAAGAUGUCGGCCGUCGUACGACGCAUCACAUACUGUACCCAGAGAGCGCAGUGGACAUCGGUAAUGGUAUCAGCCUCGUCCUGCUGCCAUUCAAACUGAGAGACCUGGAGUGGCUGACCAGCGCGCUGUCCACCGGAACAGUCAAAAUGACCUACAUGAGGGUUAAAGAGAGAGUGCAGGCUGAUAAAGACAAGGUUCUUGUGGUGAACCCAGCGUUCUUUAAGUAUGUUCAUGAACGUUGGACUGAGUCUCAUGGUCGCUACCCGUCCACCGGCAUGCUGGCCAUCAUCUUUGCUCUGCAUGUCUGUGACCAGGUCUCAGUGUUUGGUUAUGGUGCUGACAAACAAGGAAACUGGCAUCAUUACUGGGAGAAGAAUCAGUUUGCCGGAGCCUUCAAGAAGACCGGCGUCCACAGCGCCGAUUUUGAGAAUCAGAUCAUCAAACAGCUUGCCAAUGAAGGCAAGAUCACUCUACACCUCAACACAACCACAUCUGUGCAGACAGAACUAGUCACCAACGACAGACUGGUACAUAAACUCGACUGACCUCUACCUGGCUGAUCGUCAACACACCUGGCUGUCCUCUGGCACUCAAAAACCAAAUCUGAGCCAGUUUUUAGACCAUAUAUUUGUUGUUUUGGAUAGAAAUGAGACUCCUGCACUUUUUUCUGCUAGUCACCACAACUGCCUUGAGUCAGACAUCCAGGCAUGCUGGAUUAAUGAAUGUUGUUAGGCUUUUUCAGACAGCUGAAUUACCUGUGGACACAUCUGUGAGGCUUAUCUAAUUUAGAGAUCCCCUGCCUCUUCCAAUGUUUGCUGCCUGAAAUAAGUUCAAGCUCAACUCAAAAAAAAAUCAGUCUGUUUUUCUAGACCUUAAACCAACUUUCCUGACGUGUGCGACUGCUGGGAUAAACCACAAAGACCUUAGCUGUGAGCUGGAAACAACCACAGACUUUAUUUUCUCUUAUCUUUGUUUUUAUUGGAUUUUAUAGGUACACAGGGAUAACCUUUCUUUUUCUUCUUCUUCUUUUUUAAUAAAAGCACUUUUUCCUUAAGAAGAAAUGGUGGAAUGAGGUCAAGUGAGGAAGUGUUCACUUGGCCACAUAAGAUUUUCUGCAUUGUAUAUCAUUUAUAAUCCAUCCAUUUUAUUUUAUCUUAAUUUUAACACAAACCGUCCUGGCCUAGAAGAUCAUGACAAACUUUUUAAGCUUUGUUACUUCUGCAUUUUCAGAAUGUAAACCAAUGAUACGUGGAACUUCCUGUCCUGUUUGGUUCUCAGCCUGUGUGAUUCAGCAGUCUGCAGCAGUCUCAAGGUUUGCAGCUGAUUUAAUCUAAAAUGGGAAGAUAUCAUGAUAUUAGUUUGGUUUCGUUUUCUAAUCAAUGCACAUUAGCCCCUGUUGUAUCCAACCUUCAUGGGAGUAGUAAAGUCAGGAGAACCAGUCCUUCUGUUUCACAUCAAUACAAAAAUACUUAAAAUGUGGUGAUACUUUACAUGAACUGAAAUGUUCUGGCUAAAGUGUGACUUAUAAUCUUAUAAACUUAAGCUUAGUUAGGGCUGGAAAACCUUAAGGUUUUGGUUUAAAUAGAUUUCACCAGCUAGAAAGCCAUGAAGACUUCUCACGUGUGGUGAAAAAAAAAACAGAAAUAGGGAGAUUGGAAAUAUAAGAGGUGAUAUUGGCACGUCACAGGUAAUAUCAAUGUCAGUGUACAUGUCAGAUGCACUCCAAUAUGAAAACUUGUGUGUAAUGUGUACUCAGAAUGAAAGGUGAGCGUGACGACCUUUAUGCUCUCCAAGUUCAGUUCCAGGAUGUUAAUUUUGCUUAGUCUAACAUAGCUUGUAACUUGAGCUAGGUGCACCUCGUGAUGAUUAUUAUUAAAUAAACUCAGCAAAAAGCAUGUAAAUUCAGUGUCAGUAUAAACUACCAAUCUUCUUCAGAUAUGAUUCGGUUACUGUUGAACUUCAUGGGAAGAUGUCUUUUAGUUCGUAAACAAAGCUCAGCAAAUUAAGCUGAAAAAGAAGACCACACACAACUUUAAAGAUUUAUUAAACAAAACCUGAAAAGGACAAAGUCGCUCUGCAGCAUCACCUGUGUGCGCUGUGGGCAGAUGAGUAGAUGAUGUAGCUCAGUUUCACUUGAUGUAAAACAACCAAAAAUUUCACAGCAUGUAGAUGGCUGUCAGCCCAGUACUGUGAAUGUACAAAUACCAGGUACAGAUUGUGUGAAAUGACUUUAACCACCAAGAGCAGUUUGGGAACAUUCUCACCCUUUUUUUGGGGGGGGGGGGUCUGAAGGUGAAACCACACACUUCCUUUUUUUAAAGCUACUUUGAAGCUUUUUUGGGGGGUGAGAGGGAGGAGGGCUAUGUUACCCGCUGAUGUUUGCAAGCCUGGUUAGUAACUAGACUUUAUAUUAGUGCUAAGCAACAGACUGAGAAACAAAAAUACACAAACUUUUGCUCACCAAAAUUGGACCACAGACGUUGUGUGUUGCCUGAUAGUAAAACUAAUGACACAUCAGGCCGUGUUAUUAGUCGAAUUAGGCGGUUACAACUGCCUACAUGUGAAUUUAUUCAAUUUUGAAGCCAGCCUAAAGUGGCCUUUAGAGAAAAGCCUGUCGACUUUGGGUUUCCUUCUUGACAUUAAGUAAGAAAUUCUAUAUUAGUAGCAGUCGUCAUAGUAGUAUGAGUAGUUCCUCCUUGAGAACAUGUGGGUUUUGUGGUUUUUCUAAAGAUUAGGGAAAAGGAACACGGCAGCGUUGAAUAACAAGCAUGUCGACACAGGCAGAUCUGUGAUCUAAUUCAGAACACUGAACUCAACUUUACUACUUGGUUUACUUUGGAAAUAAACAAGUCAUACAUUUUCAAGUGUGACACAGAUCAUCGGAGAGGUUUACCUUAUUAGUCUGUAACUUUGCACUAAUUACAGUCUAGAAGUACAGAUUCUUAACCAAGAUAAAAUGGUGACGGCCCAGAAACCAGUGGAUGAUGUCACAGAAGCUAUUAUGUCUUUUAUAUAGUCUGAGGAAUCAUAGCUUUUGGGCUUCACACAGUUGGGUCACAUGCGCCAUCAUCGACGUGGGCAGGAGGUAAAUAUAGAUAUUACAUUCUGGGCUUAAAACCAGUAAAAACUGGGGGACAUUUUUAUCUUGUUUUUUGUUUUGUUUUUUAGUGGACUGUUUAAGGUUGUCAUGAAGAGUCUCUGAUCUGCCCCCUACUGGAUGUACUUUUUAAAACCACACAGAAGUUGAUGAACACAACUGUUUGCUUUGUAAUUCUGCGCUUAUGUGUACUGUUGUAAGAAACAAACAGUUUACUGUAGCAAUGAGGUUUGAGUGUUAACAGGCUUAUUUGUGGUGACAAUAUAGAUGCAGAUUUAUACAAAUAAGCCAGUGUGAAGCCGCCCUAACUGAUCUGCUCCAAAGAAAAGUGUUCAUACAAUGUGUUGUCCAACACUCCUCUUUGCUAAGUGUCAUUGUACAAAGUUGAUAGGAUUUUUUUUUUUAAUUUAUUUUAGUGCCUGAAAGAAAAAGAAAAGGAAAAAGUCAGAUACCAAUAAUAGAGGAAUAAAAAAGCAACCCUUGAAGCAGGCUGAGGAUUCUCAAAAAAUCAAAUGCUGAAUUUUCAUUUGGAGGAUGUAGCUCUGUCAUUGGUGUUAGUGUGAGUGCAGUUUUGAGGGUACUUUGAGUUUACCCUUAUCUGUCUGGAACAAGUCAGUGUCUCGUAAAUCCAACUGCUGCAUCGCCAGAAGCCUUAAUUUUAAUAUGAAACAUCUGCUGCUUGCUCUAAACUUUUUCCAUUCACUGCUGAGAUUUAACACUUUGUUGCCUUGUCCAGGAAAUAAACUUCCUGCCAAAUUACCUGGGAAAUUAUCCAGUUUACACACAGAUGAGGAAUGCUUUAAUGUGCCAUAAAACGACAGAGCAGCAGCCCUUCUGAGUCCUGAGCUGGAUUGUUGUAAGCAAGUUUACUUCCUCACCUUUGACAGAGGAGUUUGUUGUGACUUUAAAUCCAAAGUUGUGCUCACCAGACUCUCUGCA